UCUUAAACCUAAAGUUAAUUCGGAUUGGUUCAGUCCGCUAAACGUCACUUACUACGGCGUUAGAAAAUCCUUGAGUUACGCUGCAGAAAUGCAGAGGAUUUCCAUCACUGGAUGCGUGGAGAUCGCUUGAGUCUCAAUAAACUCCCAAACAGUUGUAAUGGACUGCUCCAGUAAGGACAAAGAAAAUCCAACUGAAGCUGCUAGUGAAGACAGUGAAGACAAACAGCACACAUUUCCACAUUCUUCUGAGUCAUAUCAAAAGGAAGAAGUCACCAAAUUACAAGAUGUUCCUGCACCAGGUAAAAUUUUAGUACAGCUUACUGGGACCAGUUCUGUUACUCUUGCUUGGGAUAGUCCAGACAACAUAUCUACAUUUGAGUUGACUUGCUUCAGUUCUACAACUACAAAGACGUAUACUGUCACCAAUGCCACAGCCAAAGAAGUAGAAGAUCUGUGUCCAGGGACUGAGUACACAUUCAGUCUUGUUUCAGUUUCAGCUAAUGGUGAUCGAAGUCUCAGAAGUGAAGUGACUGCAUGCACCAGGCCAGUCCCACCUGACAAAUUCAAGGCUGAGAAUGUGGGAUCCACAUCAGUUACUCUUAUUUGGGAUGCAUCUGGCUGUGAAAAGAAGAAGUUUCAUGUAGUCUGCUACCAGAAUAAAAAAAUCAUUCAGGAAGAGACAACACAAUCAGGCAGUGUGGUUUUCAGUGACCUAAUUCCUGGGAAUAAGUACUCUUUUCACAAUACAGUAGUGCUUCCAAAUGGCAUCCGAAGCAAAGAAGCAGUCACAUAUGCUCAAACCAAAACAAAGAUUCAAAGCCUCUUACAGGAUUUGGGGUUGGAGCAGCACUACCCAAACAAACUCUCACUUAAGGAUGUGCUACAGAUUGACAUGAGGUCAGUGACAGAUGAGCCAGCACAGUCUCUAUCAUCCUUACCAUGGCUGUUCCUGAAGAAACUGAUGAUGGUGAAUGUGACUGCAAGAAGUGUCAAAUAUUCAUGUAAUGAUGAAGACUGGUCAAACUUAGAUAUUUACAAUGAUACAUUCGAUUUUCCUAAUGAUCAGAACAACACUGUGAACCCUUUAGACAUAGUGACUGCCCUCCUUCUGUGUUCAGAUGGUUUCCUCCAACAGGAAAUGGUUUCAAAAAUGUCAAUGUGUCAGUUCUCUGUGCCUUUGCUUCUUCCAAACUCUGACACUCAACAGUGUAUGUUUAUGCUUUGGGCCAUGAGAGAUAUUGUGAAAAAAUUUAGACCUCAUUCCUUGUCAGACACAAGAGGCUUUGUGGAGGAGAGAAUUGUUCACUCUGAGCUCCCGCUAGUGUCCUUUGUUAGACUUGGUGAUUGCAGCAUUUCUAAAUCUCAGAUCUUAAACAAACUGCUCAGCAAUCCCCAACAGUAUCAUGAUAUAUUUGUACAUCGUGACAUGGAUUGUGGAGAUAUCCAACGAAAGAUAUCAAACGGAUUAGUGGAGAUGAGUUGGUAUCUACCUUGUGGAAGUAAAAAUAUUGAUGUCUUCUCUGAACCUGUGGCUGUUGCAAACUUGAGAGGUGACAUCAGGACCUUUGAAACUCAGUACUCCUUCUUAUGCCAGACCUCCACUGCAGUUUUUGUAUUCUUUGACAAUCUAGACACAGACUACAAGUUACUCACCAACCAACAUGCUACAGCACAGUUCUUUUUAGUGGGCAACAGACAGAGCAAAACAUUUGAUGUGGAACAGCUGAAAAAAAUGGCCUCUGAAAUGAGUUUGAAGAAAAACCAUGUAAUUCUGAAGAACAGUCAAAACGAUGCAAAUUUUGUCAAAAAUCUGCAUUCUACAGUAAAUUACAUACUUAAUCUCCCAAACAAAGCAUGUCUGGAGAGAAUGGACACCAUAGCAUAUGAACUAGGAAUUGAAAUUGAUGAAGAUGUCAAAGAAUGUCAGAAAGCAAAAAAUAAUGCACAUUUAAUAACAGCAGAAAUACAGGACACAAUGCAGUUCAAACAGGAUCAGCUCCCCCUUCAGGGUAAAAUAUGGAAAGAUCUGGCAAAACUGGAAAAAGAGGAAUGCAGACUCCGGAAAGCUGGUGAUCAAAACAUAGAGACAUACAAGAGUGAUCUCCAGAUUAAAAGGACUGAACUCAGGAAACAGCAGAGUAAAUAUGAUAUCUCAGAGGCCAUGUCCUGCUUUAUUAGUGCACUAACUAGCUCAGACCAGGAGAGGUCCUAUUUCUUAAAGUGCAUGCGGAUGAACCUUGACAAUCUCUCCCGAAAAAGCCUCUCUAGCCUCCGAGAGCAGUACAAAGAAAAGUGUCAGCAAUUUUUAGAGAACAACGAGGAAAUUGCACAUCUUGACCAACAGAUCUCUAACAGCUCUUUAGGAAUAGAGCACUUCCUGCGUGAAAUGGGCCAACUCUAUGAAGCUGCAGUGUCACUUCCAGAAAACGUAGAAUCACAUCAACAAAUGCUACAUUUACCUCGGCUAUGUGCUCAGCUGAUGUUGGAUGGCUUCCCUCUGGAACUGGUUGAUGGAGACGCAUCAAAUAUUCCUCUCAGAUGGGUGAGUGAUGUGCUUCAGUAUCUGAACUUUUUGGUGCAGCCCAAUAAUAAAAUCAUGGUGGUCACAGUUUUAGGUGUCCAGAGCACAGGGAAGUCCACCUUGCUGAACACCAUGUUUGGAGUUCAGUUUGCAGUCAGCAGUGGAAGAUGCACCAGAGGAGCUUUCAUGCAACUGAUCAGAGUCACAGAGGACAUGAAGAAAGAACUUGGCUGUGAUUUUUUAGUAGUAAUUGACACUGAAGGCCUAAAAUCCCCAGAGCUGGCAAAACUAGAUGAGAGUCAUGAACAUGACAAUGAAUUAGCCACACUUGUUGUUGGAUUGAGUGAUAUAACAAUCAUAAACAUCGCAAUGGAGAAUUCCACAGAGAUGAAGGACGUUUUGCAGAUCGUAGUCCAUGCCUUCAUCAGAAUGAAGGAAAUAGGUAAAAAACCUAAGUGUCAGUUUGUCCACCAAAAUGUUGCUGAUGUGUCAGCCCAUGACAAGAACAUGAGAGACCGAAAACUUUUGCUGGAGCAGCUGAACGAGAUGACGGAGGCAGCUGCUAAAAUGGAGAACAAGGAAGAGUAUAAAAAAUUCACUGAUGUGAUGGAGUAUGAUCCAGAAACUUGCAAUUGGUAUAUCCCUGGACUGUGGCAUGGAAAUCCUCCAAUGGCACCAGUGAAUGCUGGUUACUCUGAGGCUGUCUACGACUUUAAAAAGAACAUGACGGACAUAAUUGGAAAAUGCAAACUCAAAACACCUGUAAACAACAUUGCAGAUUUUUUGGAGUGGACAAAAAGCUUGUGGAAUGCAGUCAAAUAUGAAAAUUUCAUAUUUAGCUUCAGAAACAGCUUGGUGGCUGAUGCAUACAUGAGACUGUGCACAGAAUUUCAAAAAUGGGAAUGGUCUUUCAAGAAGCAUAUGCACUCUUGGUUAACAGGAGCUGAAACCAGAGUGUCAAAUUUUGAGAUACUCAAACUGAAAGCAGACAAAUCAGACUUGAAAGAUCUUUUAUGUGGGCUAAAACAAGAAGCUGUCACAAAGCUUGACUCAUUGGAAAAGACCACAAUGGAAAAUUUGUCUAAAUACUUCGAACAAACAGAGGGUCAUAUUUGUCUUGUGGAAAAAUACAAACAAGACUUUGUGAACAGUGUAAAAUCUCUCAGAAGGGAAACUGAGAGCUCUCUGCUGACACAGCUUGAAGCAACAGUGGAUAUCAGGAGAGGAAUGACUAAUUUGGACAACAUUAAGAAAACAUUCACUGACACAAUGGAGAAAAAGGUGUUGGGCCUACUGGAGGAAUUACGGAAAAACAACUGCUCAAAAAGUGAUGCCUAUAUGACUGACAAUGAGCUUGAUAGAUGUUUUGAACAUAUAUGGCAAGAAACUGUCAACGAGCUGUCAUUUAAUGGACUGAAAAACAAAAAUAUAUUUGAUUGUGUUUUCAGCCAACUUCGAAGGAACCUGAAACAGAAGGGAAGCUCUGUUGCAGAGAAAUUAAUGAAAGUCAAUCUGAACAAUUGUGGCACAGGGGUGUUCAAGGUCACCAAAGAAAAUUUCAUAAAGAAGCUGUGGAAACGUUUAAUCAAUGACAACUCUGCAGUGAACCUACAGAAUUUGACAGAUGAUAUAAUUGACACAUGCUAUCAAGUAGUCCGGGAAAAGACAAAUGGACGUUUAGAUUACCAUGACACCUACAUUCAGGAAAUCAUAAACAUAAUUGAUGACAAACUGAUGUUCAACAAGAAUAUGGGAUUUUCAGAUGAAUUUGAACUGUCCCUCAAAUUGCACAUUUGUGGGUUUUCCGCAAGAGAAUUUCAAAACAUGCAUAAUUGUUUCAUUAUGGAGAAUGACCCACGCAGAUGUCUUGGUCAGAAUAAAGAGAAAUAUCGCAAUGAUUUCAAAGAUCUUUUCCAUGAUCGUGAUCAGUGUCAGAAAAAGGCUGAAGAAUUCACUAAACUUUGCUUGAUUCCUGCAGUCGAGGCAUUCAUCUACAGCUCCUUGGGUCCAGACAUUGUUGACAAAAUGAUUCAGGGUAAAAAUGCAUUUCAUUUCAGCACUCGUGGAUUUUUUCAAUACUCACUCUUAAAGCAGCUGCUCAGGGAAGAUGCGUUUGAACAGUAUGCGAAGUACAUUUCCUCCUAUGAGCGUUUUGUUAAGGGCUGGAUAUCAGAUCAAAUCACCAAACAGUUUUCAAAUGGACAUGAAAUGUCUGAGUUGGAGGAACGUCACCUUAGAGGAAUCACCAUGGAGAUACUAGAAGCUGUCAAAAUGGCACAGAAUGAAACAUAUGAAGAUGGCAUCAAAGGGUUUAUACAGUGCAUAUGCAGGAAGCUUGGACAAAAGCUAGUAAUUCCUAAAGAUUCUCUAGAAAUAGUGAUGGUUUUAAACAAUGCUUCUCAAGAACCAUUUGCAUGCUGGCUAACUAAAUCUGUAGAAGAGAUAGAACAGACACUAAAGGAACAAUUGAAGAAAAUCAACAUUAAGCUGAAACUGUCCAAACUCAAAAUGAAACCCCAGGAUGAGCUCUUCAAGCGUGUGUUUGGAUGUGGGAAACAGUGUCCAUUUUGCAAAACUCCAUGUGAGGCUGGUGGAGAAGCCCACUCUGAGCACUGUGCUUCAGUUCACAGACCUCAGGGACUUGGAUUCUUCUUGUAUGAAUCCGAUAAAAAAUUAGUGACAGAUAUCUGCUCAACAGAUGUGCACAGUGAACAACAGUUCAAGUGUUUUGAGACUAAUUAUGAGUACCAUCCUUACAAAAGAUACCGAGAAAUCUUUCCUGAUUGGCACAUCCCAGCUGAUGCUAGCAUACAGGCCUCAGAUUACUGGAAAUAUGUGAUGGCCCGUUUCAACACUCAGUUUGCUAAAGAGUACAAUGCUCGCCCUGCUGAUAUACCCUUAGCUUGGAAGUUAAUCACAAAGGAGGAAGCAGAGAAGAGUUUAAAAGAAUCUUUUAGCAUCAAAUAAAUUAUUUUCUUUCUCAAAAGUUGAUCUAGUUGAUCCUAGUUGUCUAUAAAAAUCAAAUGUAAAAUGCAUAGCAUGACCAUCACCAGCACAUGCACUGAUAAUGACCACUAUACUUUGUGAUGUGAAAAAUGUUACUGAUUGCUUGAUUACAUAAGUAAUUUGGACUAUUAGUUUGAUUAAAUGGAAGUCUGAUGUCUGGCUGAUAAAAACGUCUGCACUGAUGUAUUGGGAUUUUGAAAUUUACCUAUUCAUAUAAGAUGUUAUGCAUUAUGAACUAACUAUGCAAAUGUUAUGCCUUAUGAACUAUUUAUGCAAAUGUUUAUGAAUUAUUCUUAUAUUAUUCUGUAUUAACAACUCAUAAGAAUCAUUUACUAAAUGUACUGAACGUAGUGAACUUUUGUGACAUUUACCGUCUGUACUCAGCCUAUGUUCCCUGUGGUUAGCUAUGUCUAGAUUUAAUUCCGGCCUAGCCUAUGGUCCUUAUGCAUGAGCUGUCAUUUUAAACUCAUUCUAAACUCAAGAAACUGCACAUGUCUGAGUUUCAGAAGCAUUUUUAGAUAAGUUAACUUGUUGUCCAUCCUGUACCCCCUAGAGGGGUAAAAACCACAGGGCAUAAUUUUUCUGUUUUUCAGACAUCACAAGAUCAUAUAGUCAUCACUGACCUUUUUAUAUAUGCACAGUUUGUCACAUAGCUGGAAAACUGCUUCUUUUGGGUGGUUUCAAACGCCCUUGAGAAUACAGAGUAUAAAUGCACCUGCAGACAAAGAACUUCAGCUUCUUCUCCUUUUUCUCUGACACUUCAGGGCUAGCCCUUGAUCUUCUUCUCUAGACUUAACCAUCUCAGACUUGGAAUUUUGAAGUUCAAGAUUAACUUGCUUGAUUUUCAGAUUGAUUAAGAAUAACUUUGAUUGAAUUGGUGUUAUGUAAUUUAUUUGUGAAAUGAUUGGUUUGAAUAUUCAUAGUGAAACUUAAUUGUAAUUUUUCAGUUUUGUAAUUAUUAUUUCAGUUACUUAUUUUGCAUAUGUUAAUCUUUUGAAUAAAUAUGUAACUUCUCCACCCCACCCGUCUGACGUGGAUUCGAUUUUGCAUCAUGCACUCUAUUGCUAGUCCGGAUGAAGGCUACAGUUUGUCCAGUCAGAACAAUGAUGUCUCACUUGGAUAAUCCAACUGAUUGCUUGCAAAUGCUUUAAUUGACAUUUCUAAGAACCAGUGCUGAUUGUGCCUAUAAUAGAAAAUAUUAAAAAAAAAAACUAUUGAACUAGGUUUCAGUGUUUCAUAUAUUAGUGGUCUCUUUUUUUAACUCUUAUUGUUAUUGAAGUUUUACCAAUUGUUUUUGAACCAUAAACAUUGUUUUAAACAUGUAUUUUCCUGCUAUUCUCCUUUGUUUUAUGAUAAUAUUCAACAGAUGCACUGCAGAAAGUAUACUACAUUAACAUCUUUUGUGUUUACUGUAAGAAGAAUUUUAAAAAUAUUAAAUAUUAAAUGAUUGUUUAGGCGUUGAUAUUGACGUAUCAUUUUUGAC